AUGCCGGAACUUCGAGGAAAACCUCUCUUGGCGGGAGUAACUGCCGCCUGUAGCGUCGGGUUCUUCCUGUUUGGUUAUGACCAAGCGGUCAUGGGAGGAGUGAUUGGUGCAAAGACAUUCAAUGAACAAUUCAAUCAUCCAACGGCUCUGCAGCAAGGCCUCAUCGUUGGCCUUUACGAUGUAGGAUGUCUGAUAGGGUCUCUGUUCAUCAUCGCUUUCGGCGAGCAAUUGGGCAGAAGAAAGGCGAUUGUUAGUGCUCCGGAUUCUGACUCUGUCACAUUCAUCACGAUUACUAACUCGGGAAUUCUGAAGUACAUUGGCUCCGGGGUCAUUAUCGUCGGCACAGUUCUCCAGGUCACCGCUAAAGUCAUAUCCCAUCUUAUUGUGGCUCGCGUCGUAUGUGGCGUUGGAAUUGGCAUCAUGACUUCUGUCGUGCCCGCUUGGCAGUCAGAAGUCUCGCCGGCUCACUCAAGAGGGAUAUACCUAACAAUCCAGAGUGGGAAUAUCGCUGUUGGCUUCUGCCUAGCAAGUUGGAUCACUCUUGCAUGCUCAUAUGCAAGCAGCCAGGCUCAAUGGAUCCUUCCGAUCGCCCUCCAGGUUAUAUUUGCCGGGUUCCUCUUGGUGACGGUCCCAUUUCUCGUCGAGUCCCCCCGCUGGAUCGCCAACCAUAGGUCACUUGACGAAGCCACAAAGGUCAUCGCGCGUCUUCAGGAUCUGCCAGAGACACACGAAGCUGUGCUCAAAGUCCGGAACGACAUUGCAGAAGCACUCGAGGUCGAGGCAAAUGCGUCCUGGCGCACGCUCUUUGGGAACAACAAUGAACAGAAUUUUCGCCGCCUGUGCCUUGGGUUUGGGGCUCUCUAUAUGCAACAACUCACCGGUAUCAACACUAUCGCCUACUACGUCGCAUACAUCGAGCAAGAAUAUCUCCACCUCAGUAAUAGCAUGUCCCAUAUUGUAGCGGCAAUCACAGCGACCCAGUAUUUGCCAUUUGCUCUCUCCCCAAUUUUUUUUGUGGAAAGAUUUGGUCGCCGUACUUUGUUGAUGUGGGGUGCUGCUGCUUUGGCCCUCAUGUCGGCCAUGAUUGCCGUUGGCUUCAACAUUCCAGGGCGAGCAGGUGGUAUCGUCACCAUGGUGUUCUACUGUCUAUUCUACAAUUGCUUUGGGAUGAGCUACUUGAAUAUCCCCUGGAUGUACGCUCCGGAAAUAAACUCGCUCAAAGUGAGAUCCAAGGGUAUGGCUAUUGCGUCUGCCUCAAAUUGGCUAUUCAAUGGCAUUGUUGUCACCGUGACCCCUUCUGGACUUCAAGCUAUUGGUUGGAGGUUCUACAUUGUCUGGGUUGUCUUCAACCUGUCUUUUAUACCGAUGGUUUACUUCUUCUACCCAGAAACUCGAGGCUUGUCUCUUGAGCAGAUUGACCACAUAUUCGAGGGCAAGGGCCAAGGGUGGUCUUGCUUUACUUCGGGUGUCCGCGAAAGCAUCAAAGGCCCUGCUGCAAUUGAAGCAGCACGCUCGAAUCGUUAUCAUGCAACCAAUAUGCAAUCUGCUAACGGCGAUGAUCCACUUCAUAUGGAUGAUAUGGAAGGCACCAAGGCUAGCACAAUCGGGAUCGAAUCGGUUGAAACCAAGGUGUGA